AUGGUUGACGUAACAAGGGUCAUACCUACCAAAAGAUCGUUAAAAGCUGCUAACAACACAGAGAUUUCAAUGAAGGGAGAAAUGGAACUUUGGAUAAAAAUUGAUGGAUUUUCUAAACUUGCUUCUGUCCUUAUAUCAGACCACGUGUCAAAAAUUAUCUUGGGUUUAGAUUGGCUGGCAAACAAUAAAGUCUCAUGGAAGUUUUACGAAGUACGGAUUAUUGUGGGUAGCAAAAAUAGAAUACCGAAGUUAGUCACUAAGGAUCGUCAAAUGGACGAUUGUGCCAAAUUUACUCCAGUGUGGAAGUGCAAAAAUUCCGGCACGAGCGGAAUUAGAUAUUGCGUAUGUUCGAAAGCAAGGCAAGUGAAUUCGGGCGUAUAUGUUGCUAGGACGCUGCUUUCGAUGAAAUACGAUGGUCAAUGCAUAAGGGUAUUAAACUUAAAUUACGAACCCAGUUUGUUUAAACAGGGAACGCGGUUGUCCGAUCUUUUAGGGGCCACGGUGAAAAAUAAGUUAGAUCAACGACCUCAACAGGAGAAUCCAGCUAACGUCAAAACUAUAAUUAACGAAUUUACUAGAGAUGCCCCGAAGAAUGAAGACAGUGGAUCAAAGAAGAUAGUGAGUUGCCCAUCGAGACAACAGGCAUCGCUGUACCGACGAGAAGAAGGGAAAGAAAGAGAUCGUCCAGAUGGGGCCCGGAGAAACUAA